AUUAUUCCGACUCAUUGUAACUCUAAUCCAUUACUUUUGGACUCAAAUUUAGGGUUUGGACCCAAAUUUGAGUCCCCAUUGUGAUGCUCUCAGGGGCCAUCGUCUCCAUAUUUUUAUCUCACUGAGAACGUCCGGACCCAAAGCUGCAAAGACACUGGACAUGAGUAAAAGCUCGUGCUUUCUUCAAAAUUUCUCAUCUCUGACUAUGAAUCACCUUCGACUAUGAAUUCGUUAAUGAUAUUUUCAUAGUCCAUUUCAAUUGCAACGGUAUUGAAGUUACACUCUUUCCAAUUCUACAGCUUCCUGCACCGCCUUGGCCUCAGCUUGCAGCGACGAACUGGCUAAAGGGAAAGCUUUUCCGGUGAUGAAAAACCAUUGAGUUAAUUAGGAAGAAGAAUGAAUAUUGAAGUUGAAUUGAUACUUGAGGAGAUUAUCAAACCAUCUUCUUCAACCCCUGAUGAUCUUCGCCAUUACCAGCUUUCCUUCCUUGAUCAGUUAUCUCCUCCAGUCUAUAACCUUUUGGUCCUCUUUUAUGAAUUCAAUGACGAGACGAUGCCUAGCGUUACUGAAAUAUCCAACCACCUUAAGAAGUCCUUAGCCGAGGUCUUAACCCUUUUCUACCCAUUAGCGGGACGAAUCACAGACAACAAGUAUGUAGAUUGCAAUGAUGAGGGCAUUCCCUAUGUUGAAGCUCAUGUUAAGUGUGAACUUUCUGAAGUUCUCAACAAUCCAGUCCCUGGUGAAUUCAGUAAGUUCAUGCCAUUUGAACUAGAUAAUAUUGCUAAUAAGCUUCCUCUAGGCGUCCAGCUUAACAUCUUUGAAUGUGGAGGAUUUGCUAUUGGUCACUGUAUUUCUCACAAGCUAGCAGAUGGAUUAUGUCAUUUCAUGUUCAGCAAAACUUGGGCUGCCACUGCCCUCGGAGAUCAAGCCAAAAUAGAGCCUCCGGAGUUUAUUUCAGCAAAACUCUUCCCACCAAGGGAUUUUACAGCCUAUGAUGCAGGCCUUGGCAUCACAAGGAAUAAAGUAGCAAAGAGGUUUGUGUUUAGUGCAUCUAUGAUAGAGACUCUCAGAGCAAACUAUCAGAACAGCGAAGGCCUAGAAAACCAGAAACGCCCAUCAUGUGUUGAUGCUUUGUCGGCUUUCAUAUGGAGUCGAUAUGUGGCCAACACCAAGGAUACAGGACCUGCUGAGAAGUUGUACAUAGAGCUCCAUUCUGUGAACCUGCGUCCAAGGUUUGACCCCUCGUUGCCGCACCAUUCUUUUGGAAAUCUUUAUCGUGCUGCCAUGACAGCUCCUUUUUUAAGUAGCGGGAAGAAUGCUAUGGCUUGGUGAUGAGGCACGUACGAGAAGAAAUGGACAAGAUUGACAAUCACUACACGAAAGGUCUACAACAAGGUGCUGAGCACUUGAGUGAGCUUAAUGAAAGUGUUGAUAGAGUUAUCAGUGGAGAGCUGAUUACAUUUAGCUUCAGUAGUUUCUGCAGAUUUCCUCUGUAUGAUAAUGAUUUUGGUUGGGGGAAGCCUACGUGGGUAUCGUCAUCACCACUGACCUUCAAGAACCUAGUGGUUUUCAUGGAUACCAAAGAGGCUGAUGGAAUAGAGGCAUGUAUUAGUUUGGAGGAGGAAGUCAUGGUUAAGUUUGAAACUGAUAUCGAGUUUUUGGCUUAUGCGUCUCCAAGUGGGUGCUGAACUGUUUUGUUUAUUGACAAAAUAAUCUUUUCUUUGGAGUUGAUCGAUUGUUGUUCUGCAGCUGAUACUCUCAUGCUUUUUGUAAAACUGUCAAUUUGAAUUACAUGAUUUAUUAAACAAAUUGUGGACUUCAUUUUUGGUGAAGAUGAAACCUCCGUGUUUGGGUCGUUCACAUUCA